GAUUCACUAAAAAAGUGGGAUCAAGAACCCCAGGAGAGUUCACUUAUGGAAGUGUCAUUUCAGUCAAACGUCAGUCGAACAUCAUUGACAGACUGGAAGCAUAUCGAAAGCCAUGAAAUCGAAAGGAACACUUCUGGCAGCAGUGCUACUGUUGGUGCUGAUCCAUCUUCAGAUCAGUGAGGCCAUUUGGUUUCCCUGGUACUUCCAUCGCUACGGACUGGAACCACACUCGGCUCGUCACAAGGGCGCUGGCGGUGGCGGGGUAACAGCUUCGGCGGCUCCCAGUGGCAAACAGACAAUGCCUCCGAGCAGAGCUAACAAGGACAAGAACAAGGGCGGUCCGACCUGUCCGCCUGGCUACGAGCUUAAGGAUCCCAAGUCUGUACGUGAAGCGGGAUCGGCUACACGUAUCUGCGAUGAUAAUCCUGUGCUGAUGCAGCUUGCCCGCCUCUAUGUGGUCAGUCCGGAGAGGAUUGUGCUGCUGCUGGCCCAGCCCUCCUUGGUCGACUCGUGCGCCGAGAUCCGCGAUGUCCUCGCGAACAUUCAUGCUGCAACUAGCAAGUGUGUCCUGGCCCCAGACAAUAUCUAUGGCAAGCUCAGCGAUGGUCUGGACUACUUCAAGGAGGUUGUCUGCGAAAGUGAUUGUGAGGGCAGCUCACGCAAACGCUUUGCUGGGCUCCUGGAGGCUCAGAACUGCAUCCGGGAGAUGCGCACCGACAUGAUCGAGUGCGAGGCCCCGCCCGAUUGGUACGAGACGCGGAAUAAAUCAAAGCUCUGUCAGAUCUACAACGAUGUCCUGGACUGCUACUACACCAGGGCGGCCAUGCUCUGUGGCAUUGAGUCGGCCAAGCAGCUGAGAUCCUUUGCUGCGGACAGCAUGGGCCGAGCCAUGAACCAAAAGUGUGAAGUCAGCAAGAAACUGCCCAGGGUGGAUAAUGCCAUGCCGUCGAUGGCAACAAGCUCUUCGCCCAUGGGUAUGGCCAUAGUUACCCUCGUCUUGAUUGUUAUAUUUUGUUAAGGUUUUUGC